AUAGGAUGAUAGGAUUCAAGCUACUGUAUCACAACAAAUGGUGCGCAUCUUUGACGCCCAAAUAGAAGAGGGUGAGACAUAUGCAAUGAUGCACUUUACUGUAAGGUCCAAUAUUGAACAAUAUCGGCCAUGCUCCCACCGUUACAGACUAUGUUUCACCGAGGAAACCAAGAUGUAAUUGGUGCAUUCAAGGUUGGUGAUAAGGUGUUCAAGGCGGAACCUGGAGCGCAAAAAAAGUGGUGUAACUUUUACCUUCAUGAUUUAGAUGAGUAUUCCGAACAAUUCCUGGAACAUGUAAAAAGGACAACGUCGGAAUAUGUAAUCGUGAUCAUCCAGUUGGCACGCACCAACAAACGCUAUGGUGAGCAGAUGGGGGUCUCAACAUCAUAUAAUGCCUCAAAGGUUCUCCUUGACGUCAAUGUCCCUGAUAUUGAGGAGUUUCGAACCAGGAUGUUGGAUAUGGGGUCAUCACAAUCCUGAGCUCAACAUCAUCACGACCUGCAUUAAGUGAUGAUAAAGAAGUUGGAAUUGUCAAGAUGUUGUCUGAACUACAAACUACUAAGGAGGUUCGUGGGUUGUGGUUUUAUGGGAAGAUAAACGCUGUUCUAAAUGCUACCAGUUGGGCUUAUAUGGGAUGCUUCAAAAGAUCAUGUCGUGCAAGAGCCAUAAAAUGUGAUAAUGAAUUUGAGUGCACGAAGUGCGGUCUUCUGAAGAAAACUGGCUCUACAAGUUGAAGCUGAACGUUGUGCAUGGUCGUCACAACGCUGAGUUGCUAUUCUGGGAUCAAGCAUGCAAGCAGUUUUUGGGAAAACCUGCGUCCGAUUUUCGUGAACAUCUGGAUGAUGUCAAGUUAAGACCUCAUAGUGCUCCUCCAUUGUUCUACGACUUGGUUGGGCGGGAGUACUUAUUCAAAAUUGAGAGAGACAUCGCGAGUUUAGAUGGAUCCGAUGUUGCGUUUUGCAUAAGCAUGACAACAGACAAUAAGGAAAAGAUUGAGCAGAUUAAGUCAUCCUGGAAAGAUGAACCAGAGCCAGAGGCUGAAUAUAAUUCUGAUUCAGAUCUUGACUUAAUUCUUGAACCUCGAACUACGGUAGAAUCCAACUUGGUAAGUUUGAAUACUCACAACAAUUGAUUAUGCCUACGCAAAUAUAAACCCAAAAUCUAUAUAAAUUAUUAUACAAUAUUUAUUAUGUUUUCAUUCAGACACCAACAUCACCUGAGCAUGACCAAGGGCAGACUCCAAUUUCAUCCUCAAAGAGAAAAACUGAGGAUAUAGAUGGUAGCAAAGAAAUCUCAGAUGAUAAAACACUGGGGUCUACAAAUAAGAAUAAGAAGUUGAAGGAGGUCAAAAAAGAGAAACUUUGAAGUUCGCCA